GCGGAUGAUUUUGCGCUUCUGAUGGGGCCAUGCUACUGGCACUCCUACUGAUCUAUCAACUACAGCUCUGCACAAGCUUUAUUCGACCACAGGACAUCCGCCAUGUCGGCAGCAGACACCGAAUGCUCGGCAGAUUGGCACCCAGAGCGGCCGCAGGGGAUAUGCACCGCUUCUCAGUGGCUCCCAUGAUGGACUACACCGACAAACACUUCCGCUUCCUCAUGAGGCUGCUCACACGCAACGCGACGCUGUACACAGAGAUGGUCGCCGCCAACGCCCUCUACUACACCAACCGCCAUGCAGCAGCUGACGCCACAGCCGAUUCCAUGAUUCCGCGAUCUCUGGCGACGAACGCCGAGAGCAUCGAGUCGCCUUGUGUGCUGCAGCUGGGCGGAUCUGACCCUGAUGUCCUCGCAGAAGCGUCGCGGAUGGCAUCGACAUAUCAUCCUUUCACAGAGAUGAAUCUCAACUGUGGCUGCCCGUCGGAACGAGUCGCUGGCAAAGGGGCUUUCGGUGCGGCACUGAUGCGAGAGCCAGCUCUCGUUGCCGAGCUGUGCAAAGCGAUGCGGCAGGGCGGGGGGCGGCCGACCACCGUCAAGUGCCGCAUCGGCGUGGAUGACCAUGACUCGUUUGAGGAGCUGCAGCGGUUCAUCGCUACCGUGGCUGAGAGGGCGCAUGUGUCCCACUUCAUCAUCCACAGCCGCAAGGCCAUCCUCAGCGGCCUCUCGCCAGAGCAGAACCGCAAGAUCCCGCCACUGAUAUACGAGUACGUCUAUCGGCUGGUGGAGGGCUUCCCGGGUCUCCGGUUCACGCUGAAUGGCGGCGUGCUGACCUAUGAGGACAUCGACACGCACUUUGAGAGGUGCCCGACACUGACUGGGGUGAUGGUGGGGCGAGCGGUGUUGGACAGGCCCUUCUACUGGAGCGAGGUCGACUCGCGCCUCCACGGCAGAGACAACCCGGGGCUCAAUCGACGAGAGGUACACUGCAGAAGAUACUAGGACCUUCUGACCUCCCAAACACUCUUGUGUGUGUUUGUGUGUGGUGUGUGUAGGUGUUGGCUGCGUACGGCAGCUACUGCGAUGCAGAAAUGGAGCGCACCGACCCGUCACGGCAGAGGUCUCUCCGCAAUCUGCUGCUCAAGCACGCUCUCAACCUGUUUGCUGGCGAGCCCAUGAGCAGGAAAUACAAGCAGCGAGUCGAGGCGUUGCGGCAGCGGGGUGACGUGUCUGUGUCGGCCAUCCUGAGUGAGGCGGGGGAGCAGCUGCACGAGGGUGUGCUCGAGAGGCGGCCUGGGAGUGAGGGGCAGGUUGCCGCUGACUGCAGUGACAGUGUGUUGAUAGGGAGAGAGAUGGGUUGAUGUGUUGUGAGUCGUGUGUUUCUGCGACAUGGUCGUUGAUUGCAUCACUGUGCCUCCUGUAUGGCGUGGAGGAUCUCCUCUCUUGUCUUGUCGAUGCUGGCAACACAAGAGUGGAGAGCCUGGACGUGGCUCAGGAGGCACAGUGUGUCCAUUGUGCAUCUCGGUCGAGACAAGUUGAGUGACAUUCUGUCCAUGUAAUGGCUGUGUCAGGUUUGGGCCGGC